AUGUCUUACCGUGAACUGCGCCUGUUUACCGAAUCCAUGCGGCUGCUGGGGUAUCCCAAUCUCAUCAGCAUGGAAUCAUUUCGGACCCCGAACGUCGAGUUGGUUGCCGAUUGUCUUUUUUGGCUUCUCAAGCGCUAUGAGCCCUCCUCGGAGGUGAUUUACACGAUCGAGCGGGAGUACGACCGCGUGCAGUUCUUCAAGCAGGUCUGUGAGGCCGUCCUGGCGAGGGCGCGGUUAAAGCUGAAUAUCAAAAAAUUAUACCAGGCUGACGGUCACGCCGUGCAGGAGAUGCUCAAACUCACGCAGAUUUUAAAAGACGCGAUGCGUUCGACCGGGGAGGAGGAGCCCGAUUUCGCCGCCAUUCAGCAAAUGGCCGCGCAGAAAAGCGUGUUGGAGUUGAGGACGAUUCAAGGGCUUUGCAGUGGACUCACCACCGAUGCGGGCAGUUUGUAUGAUUACAUCGGGACGGAGAUGAAAGCGCGGAUGGAGCGGCAGCGCGUGCUUUCGCGCGCGACCGAGGUUGACGAGUUCGAGCGGCGUUUGAAGGAAUUGCUGACCAAAGUCUCGCAAAAAGUUGAGGAGCUUCAGCAAACCAUCGCGAACCUCAACGCGGAUGAGAACAACCUCGAGCAAAAGAUCGAAAGCAAAAAAACGCAGCUGGAGCGGACCCAAAAGCGGUACAAAUCCCUCAUGACCGUCCGCCCCGCGUUUAUUGAGGAGUACGAUCGAUACGAAGGCGAACUUCAAGGCCAGUUUGUGAAGUAUCUCGAGCAGUAUCGCAAUUUAGAGUAUCUUGAAUACCAGCUCGCUAAGUUCAACGCCAAGGAGGAUGCCUUGCUGAAGGAACAACAGACGGUGUUGAGUGUGAUGCGAGAGCGGCUGCGUAAGGAAGAGCUCGAGGCCCUUCACGGGGGAAAAGCCGGGAAAGGCUUUAUUCCGCAUAUCAAUAAUGGGAGCAAUUCCGCCAAUGAGGAUUUUGACUCCGAUAUGAACGGGCGAAUCUGCGUGCGGAAUGCCGCGGAGGAAGGCAGCAGCAUUAGCGAUACCGACGAGGAUGACUUAACAGAUACGAAGGAAAGCAGCGGUGGGGUGGGUGGCGGUCGGUUUAGAAUGCAAAACGCCACGGGGUUGAAUCAGACUUCGCAAUCUUCCGAGCUUUCAAAGCGACGACAAGGACCUAGUUUUGAUGAAAGCGAGAGCGAUACGGAUGAUCUGAAUGGCGGGGUCACCCCUUCCGGGGUGAAUCUUAUGCAUCGUGAACAUCCCUCCGGUGGAAGGCCUCCGGCGGCGCGUACGGAGAACGGUCUGCGGAAGCGGAUCGGUGGGGGGGAGGAGGAAGAUACUAGCUCCAUACUUAGCUCGGAUGAUGACUCCGAUGAUAUGUCCACCUCAAGUAAUGACGACGACAAUAGCGACGACGAGGACAGCGACGAGAAUUCCUCAUCCGAGGAAAGCGAUAUCUAG